UUGGAAGAACCUCACUCUUGAUUACGUGCACCUGCCAAUCUGGAACGUUUGUCAUGGAGUUUGGUUGUCCUGAAGGUCGGUGGAUCUCUAAACUUUGACGGACGCAUGAAGUAUGGCAGCGCUGACUCAAGAGAUCUGUGCAAGAUGUUUAAACGGAGUGAUAUUACUUCUUAUACUUAACGGUGUGCUACCCAUAUCACUCCAACCAAUUUCAAAUGAGCCACCAAUACCGAUUGAUCCCACUGCUCACGGGAGUAUUCUGAGCCCCUUGUUGAAGGCAUUGUCGGAGAAUGAGCCAUUGCCUGAUUUAUCGCCAAGAGCAAGACCUGACUCAAGGUAUGUCAGGUACAUGAAAAGGCUGUACAAAAUGUCGUCCAAAUCGGAGAGAAGUCAUGAGGCGAGUCAUCUGUAUAACACGGUGCGAUUGAUCACACCUCGAGAUGAAUGCCUGGAGCUAAAUGAAGAGAGUUUCAUGCAGGAUCUCUCCUACAGUUUAAAUCGAGUGAGAUCUCAGGAGCAGCUUCUCAAGUCCGUCCUGUUGUACUCCUUUGACCAGGACAAAGUUGCAUCCUUCACUGCGCUCUGUUACUUGGACAUCGAAGAACACCACCCCUCGGUCCAGCAGUGCUGCCCCAGCAGCCGCUUCUCCGUAGCAUUCCCGGUUCACAUGGAGAGACGAGGUCGCCUCAAGUGGGUGGAAGUGAACGUGACCUCCUUUCUGCAUCCUCUCUUCAGCUCGCACAACAGGGACAUCCACCUACUUAUCAACCUCACCUGCGUGGAAGACAGCGGGCCCUGGUAUGACCCCAGAGGCCCUGUGGAGCUCACCUUGAGGUCACCUUCACUCCUGCUCUACCUCAAUGACACCAGCGAACUGGCUUACCAGAGGUGGCCCCCAUCACCCAUGUCUGGUCGGCUGAGGGGCCCCACUUUCAACCACCAAAUGGGCUUCAGUUCAGAGAGGAGGAUUUGGCGAAAGAGACGGAAUGUCUCCAAAGGCAAAGUGCCCAAGCCGACGCCUGAGCCCGGAAUAUCCAUGCUCCUCCCCAAACACGACUUGCUGAUGGACGACUGUGAGCUGUACGACUUCAGGGUGAGUUUCAGCCAGCUCAAGCUGGACCACUGGAUCAUCGCUCCACACAAGUACAAUCCAAGGUACUGCAAGGGCAUUUGUCCACGGGCACUCGGGUACAUGUAUGGGUCCCCUGUGCACACCAUGGUGCAGAACAUAAUUUACGAGAAGCUAGAUUCUCCUGUUCCCAGGCCUUCUUGCGUCCCCUCAGAAUACAACCCCCUUAGCGUUUUGACCGUUGAAAAUGAUGGAUCUAUUGCGUACAAGGAGUAUGAGGAGAUGAUUGCAACGAGGUGCACCUGUCGCUAAACUCUAGCAUUGGAUAGGGGUGUUUCAUUAAGCAUUUUGGCAUCUGGUUUACUGUCUAAAUCCAAUGGCAUAAGAUGUUUGGGUCAGCCGAGCCAAGUCCCUGUGCAACUAAUUAUAACUUUGUGGAAACUCAUUAUAUUUUUCAUACAAAUGCUCAAUCUUAUAAUGCACUGAAGAGUUGACUGGGGCAAUGCCACCGCUUGUCACUGAAAUAAUUCAGAGGAGAUGAAAUCAUUGGCUUUGUUUUGUUUUGUUCCUGUAAAAAUAAGAUUAUUUGCAUUCCUCCACCACUAUGUUUGUACGUGUAAUUUAAUGUGAUACUGUGUGUCACAAGAUUUUUUGUUAACCUUAAUCGCCAUUAAUAUAAUUUUAUGUUUCUUUUUGUUAAUUUAUUUCUGUUGGUACUUCUGUCUGAAUAUCUCUGUUGUCUUGGUGAAAUUUUAGAAAAUCUGGGCAGAUGAAGCAGUGUAAUCUAAUGCCCCUAUGCCGACUCUUUUACACUGGUCAAUUUUAUAACCGUGGUUUGUGAAUAAUGAUCUCAUGUACUACCUCCUUCUUCAUAUGGUCCACUUAAUAAGUUGUCUUUCUGGACAACUUCAUAGACAAUCUGUUAAUUGUUGUCAAGGAAAUUACUAAAUGCCUAAUGGUUGUAUAUUAAAUCUCUAACUAAAAGCAUUUGACAUGACUUAUCAAUGUAAGUUAACUCACUGUUAUUGUUUGUAUUACUGAUUUCACAAAAAAGGAAUAUUUUUGGAUAUUCAUGUUAAAAAAAAAAAAGUUCAAUAAAAAAGGCAAGCUUGUCCCAUCAGGAAUGAAAAGUUUGUUUGGACAAAAUAAUCAAGUCUAUUUGAUAUUUGCUAUAAACAUUGUCCCAUUUUAUUCCCUCUGUGUACCUCUAAGAACUCCUGAAACCAGUAUAAUUUUCAACAUGAUGUUCAUAAGAGCGUUGCGUUGAUUCUGCCGAUGCAUGUCUUUUGAAAGCAUGACUAACACUAA